AUGGGCCAGGAAAACUGUACUGCCGUGACAGAGUUCAUUCUUCUUGGAUUAACAGAUGUCCCUGAGCUGAGAGUAUUUCUUUUCAUGGUGUUCCUUCUGAUCUAUGGAGUCACAGUUUGGGGCAACCUGGGCAUGAUGGCACUGAUUCAGGUCAGCUCUCGACUUCACACUCCCAUGUACUUUUUCCUCAGCCACCUGUCCUUUGUGGAUUUCUGUUACUCCACGAUCAUCGUGCCAAAGAUGCUAGCUAAUAUCUUAAAUGAAGACAAAACCAUCUCCUUCCUGGGAUGCAUGGUGCAGUUUUAUUUAUUUUGUGUGUAUGGAAUCACUGAAGUCUUCCUGCUGGCUGUGAUGGCCUAUGACCGCUUUGUGGCCAUCUGUAACCCACUGCUGUACACGGUCACCAUGUCCCGGAAUCUCUGUGUAGAGCUGGUGUCUUGCUGCUACCUCGGUGGGACUGUGUGUUCUCUGAUUCACUUGUGUUUAGCUCUUGAGAUCCCAUCCUACAGAUCGAAUGUGAUUAACCAUUUCUUUUGUGAUCUGCCCCCUCUCUUAUCUCUUGCUUGCUCUGAUGUCACUGUGAAUGAACUGUUGCUAUUCAUUGUGGCCUCUUUCAAUGAGUUCACCACUAUUGUGAUCAUCCUCACCUCCUAUUUGUUUAUUCUCAUCACCAUCCUGAGGAUGCGCUCUGCAGAGGGUAGACGCAAAGCCUUUUCCACCUGUGCCUCCCACCUCACAGCCAUUGUUGUCCUCCAGGGGACAAUCCUAUUCAGUUACUGCCAGCCCAGUUAUGGCAACAGUAGAGAUACUGACAAGGUGGUCUCAGUGUUCUACACUGUAGUGAUUCCCAUGCUGAACCCCCUGAUCUAUAGUCUAAGGAACAAGGAUGUGAAAGAAGGUCUCAGAAAAGUGGUGAGCUCCAAAACACUUUUCUAG